CGCCCCUGCCUGCUGGGCCCGCCCCAUGCUGACCCACCCGCCCCACAGGGCCAGUUCCUGUGCCUGGCCGUGCUGGAAGGCCGCCUCGUGCUGCUCUAUGACUUUGGUGAGGGCCUGCAGGAGGCCAAACCAAUACAGCCCCCUCCGCCCCUGACCGUGGCCAGCAAGGCGAUCCAGGUGUUCCUGUUGGGGGACAGCCGCAAGCGCGUGCUGGUGCGCGUGGAGAGGGCCACUGUGUUCAGUAUGGAGCAGGAGAAUGUACUGGAGCUGGCCAACGCCUACUACUUGGGGGGUGCGCCUCCGGACCAGCUGCCCCCGAGCCUGCGCCAGCUCUUCCCAUCCGGAGGCUCCGUGCGUGGCUGCAUCAAGGGCAUCAAAGCUCUGGGCAAGUAUGUGGAUCUCAAGCGGCUGAACACCACGGGCAUCAGUGCCGGCUGCACCGCGGACUUGCUGGUGGGACGGGCCAUGACGUUCCAUGGCCAUGGCUUCCUGCCCCUGGAGCUCCCAGAUGUGGCCCCCCUCACCAGCAGCGUCUACUCCGGCUUCGGCUUCCGCAGCACCCAGGACAGCGGUCUGCUGUACCACAGAGCGUCCCCGGUUGGGCCAUGUGAGGUGUCCCUGCAGCAGGGCCACGUGACACUCCGGUUUGUGACGACCGAGGUGAAGACGCCAGGGGGCUUUGCUGAUGGUUCCCCCCAUUACGUCGCUUUCUAUAGCAACACCACAGGGGUCUGGCUCUACGUGGACGACCAGCUUCAGCAGAUGAAGCCCCACCAGGGGCCGCCCCCCAGACCCCAGCCACAGCCACAGCCUGAGGGGCCCCAUCGGCUCCUCCUGGGAGGCUUGGGGGCGUCCAACACCAUCCGUAACUUCAGCGGCUGCAUCACCAACGUGUUUGUGCAACGGCUCAUGGGGCCCCAGCGUGUGCUCGACCUGCAGCAGAACGUGGGCGGUAUCAACGUGAGCUCAGGGUGUGCCCCAGCAGCCCCUGGCACCCAGACACCAGUGCAGGCACCUCGAGGACUACAGGCCACAGUGGCUCAGAAGGUCUCCCGGCACACCCGGCAGCCCACCCAGGACUCCGCCUGCACGCCUCCUCGGCCCCUUGGGACCAUCCACGGCACCUACCAGUUUGGAGGUCCCCUGUCCAGUUAUCUGGAGUUCACAGCCGUCCUGGCACCCUUUGAGAACUGGGCCCACUUCUCCAUGGUGGUCCGCCCUCGCACCCGAAGAGGACUCCUGCUCCUCGCCGUGCCCCUGGCGGCGGGCAGCCCCUCCCUGGCGCUCUUCCUGAGCCACAGAUACUUUGUGGCUCAGACACAAGGCCCAGGGCCCGAGCUCCGCGUCCUGAGUCACCAGCGUUCAAAAGCUGACCAGUGGCACAAGGUGUCUGUGCGAUGGGAGAGGACUCGGAUCCAGCUGCAGGUGGACGGAGUCUGGACUCAGAGCCAGGAGCAGCCUGGCCAGGAGCCUGGCCAGCAGUAUCAGGGGGCAGAAGGCCCCCAGCCCUACACGCUCUUUGUGGGGGGUCUUCCUGUCCACGGCCCCAAGCUCCCAAUGUUUAUCAGCAGCUCCUGGUUCAGCGGUUGUGUGAGGAGACUGAUGGUGGACGGGCAGCCCCUGAGUACCCCCAGCCGAAUGGUGGGGGUCACACCCUGCUUGUCAGAACCCCUGGAGAUGGGUCUGUUCUUUGCCGGCAGUAGGGGAGCCAUCACUCUAGACACCCUGGGGACCACCCUUCCUGACGUGAGCCUGAGGCUGGAGGUGCGGCCCCAGACAGCCACAGGCCUCAUCUUCCACCUGGGCCAGUUCCAGGUGCCCCCCUACCUAGAGCUGCAGGUGCUGGAGAAGCAGGUCCUGCUGUGGGCAGACGAUGGUGCUGGCGAGUUCUCCGCAUCAGUGACACUCUCCAAGGAGCUGUGUGACGGGCAGUGGCACCAACUGGCAGUGACCAAAAGCAGGACCGCCCUCCGGCUGGAGGUGGACUCCCAGAGCAACCAGACCCUGGGUCCCAUGCUGCGGGCCUCAGACAGCACCCCAGUGCCUCUGCACUUGGGGGGCCUGCCCGGACCCUCGGACACACAGGCUGGGCACCCCACCCCCACACACCCUUGGCCUCCAUUCUACCAAGGCUGCAUGAGGAAUCUGAUGGUGAACCGGGCCUUUGUCACCUUGCCGCGCUCUGCGGGUGUCCAGGGCGCGGUGGGGGCCAGUGGCUGCCCGGCCACAUAGGAGGACCUUCAGGGCGCCUGCUGUCCUAACAGCUUGCUGACACCACCACCCUCCGCCAGUCUCCUAGAUGAAGUUUGUAUAAACUUACCUAGACUUGAGUCUACAGGAAAUGGUUUAAGUUAUGUCUGACUUUUUAAAUGAAACUUUAAAAUACAAUAAAAUGGGUUUUUUUGUAUCAUUU